CCAUGCUGAAGCAGCUCAUCGGUCAGCUUCAGCAACUUCUCGACUCUCAUCAUCAUUCUUCUUCUUCUUCUUCAUCUUCUUCCGUUCUUCAACAACAAUCUUCUCAUCAAACUAUCUUCCUUCAACAUCACCCUCCCAGCAUCGUGCAUAGGAAAGCUUUGUAUCGCCAGUGCACUUUAAUCGCAUUCCUUGUGUGGUCAAGUUGAUAUGAUUGAAUGGAACUUUUAGUGAAUUUUUAGGAAGACUUCGACUAUGCUGUGUCCUCCUCCUUAAAAAAGGAGGAUAAUUGUGUGGAUGAUUAUUUAUACAUUCUAAUCAUCCGUUCAGGCUCAGAUGGACCUCCUUUGACCUCGAAGAUAGCUCUGUAGAUGACUGUUGUGGCCUUGUAAUGGCAGCUGGAAAGUCUCAUAGUUUUAGGAUGUCAGAGCCUCUGAAGCCUCCACCCGCUAAGAAGCCUCGAAGAGAUCGAAGCAGGGGCAAAUCAUCAGGAAGAUCCAGUACAAGUGAAGUUAUGGAACAAGAAAUAUGGAAAGAUUUUCCUGAAGAUUUAUUUGAGGCUGUAAUUGCACGACUUCCCAUUGCCGCGUUUUUCCGCUUCCGCUCUGUAUGCCGUCAAUGGAAUUCCUUGCUGGCUUCUCAAAGCUUUUCUAAGCAAUGUGCGGAAGUCCCGCAAGAAAAUCCAUGGUUUUACACCAUAACCCAUGAAAAUGUGAAUUCAGGAGCCAUGUAUGACCCUUCUUUGAAAAAGUGGCAUCAUCCGUCUAUAUCACCACUGCCCACAAAGUUGAUUGUUUUGCCGGUGGCUUCUGCUGGGGGUUUAGUUUGCUUUCUUGACAUUGGCCAUCGUAAUUUCUAUGUAUGUAACCCACUGACUCAAUCCUUCAAGGAGUUGCCAGCUCGGUCAGUUAAGGUCUGGUCUCGCGUUGCUGUAGGGAUGACAGUGAAUAGAAAUUCAAUCGGUUCAGGCUACAAGAUCCUAUGGGUGGGUUGUGAUGGAGAAUAUGAAGUUUAUGACUCGGUGAAAAACUCUUGGAGUCGUCCAGGAAACAUGCCUGGAAGUAUGAACCUGCCAUUGUCCCUUAACUUCAGGUCGCAAACUGUCUCUAUUGACAGUACCCUAUACUUCAUGCGUUCAGAUCCAGAAGGGGUUGUUUCCUAUGAUAUGGCAACGGGGGUUUGGAAACAGUACAUAAUCCCAGCGCCACUACAUCUGACUGACCACACUCUAGCUGAGUAUGACGGUCAGAUCAUGCUUGUGGGCUUGCUCACAAAGAAUGCAGCCACGUGUGUAUGCAUAUGGGAGCUGCAGAGAAUGACACUCUUGUGGAAGGAGGUAGACAGAAUGCCAAAUAUAUGGUGCUUGGACUUUUAUGGUAAGCACGUCAGAAUGACUUGCCUAGGGAACAAAGGCUUGCUCAUGUUGUCCCUGAGAUCGAAACAAAUGAAUCGGUUGGUUACUUACAACAUAGCAAAGAAAGAAUGGCUGAAGGUUCCUGGUUGUGUGGUGCCGAAUGGGAAGAAACGGCAGUGGAUAGCAUGUGGUACUGCAUUUCAUCCAUGCUUGACCGCCGUGGCUUGAUUUUCCUUGUAUCUUACAGCAACGACCUGCCACUUUUUCGCUCGUCUUGUGGUUGCCAUUUGCAGGUCUUAUUAGGUGUUGUUGUACCUAAUCCCAGCGUUCUUCUCUGGUUUAACAGAGUAGAUGAAAAAUAAUUUGGGUUUGUGGUGAUUUAUGUUUCUUUAUGCUUGCAAGUAUGUGAACAUUGUUUUGAUUUCAUGUUACAAAUACCUUGCUAUCCUAUAAUACCUUGAUAAAAGGUGAUAUAAAACUGCAGUUUCUUUCUGUAUUCAGUAACUGAAUUUUCUGUGCUUAUACCAUAUUUGUGUUUUGGGGACAAAAAAUUGGAUGGAAGAAGGUUCUAUUUUAUUUUUA